AUGUUAUGGCAGAUGCCUUUAGCAGAGUUGCGAGCUCUUCUAGCACAAUUGAGCUUGUCUAGUGAAGGUGAAUUGUUAGCCGAGUUGCAAGUUGAGCCAGAGUUAGUAGGCGCGAGUAAGAGACUACAAAGUUCAGAUGGGCGAAUUAAGGCUCGGAUUAAGCAGGUUCGCCAAGGCGAGGUACCAGGUUUUGAGUUACAUGAUUGGGAUGUUUUGUACUUCAAGGGUCAAUUGUUCAUACCUGCUGACACUCAAUUGUGUAGUAAGAUCCUUCAUGAUGCACAUUAUAGUCCAUUCUCAGUUCAUCAAGGCAGUAACAAAAUGUACCAUGAACUUCGACAGUUGCAUUGGUGGCUGGUCAUGAAAAAGGAAGUGUCAGAGUUUGUCGUUAGGCGCUUAGUGUGUCAGCAAGUUAAAGUGGAACACCAUGUUCUUUCAGGAUCACUUCAUCCCAUUCAGAUUCCUUAG